AUGUCGCCCAAAGGCGGCCACCUCAAAGAUGAGGGCUCCAAACUCCAAGUCGUAACCGCCGGCGCCAUAGCCGGGCUCGUCUCCCGAUUCGUCGUCGCUCCUCUCGACGUCGUCAAGAUCCGCCUCCAGCUGCAGCCGUACUCGCUCUCCGACCCUCUCGCCCCCCUGCGCGAAGCUCCCGCCUACCGCGGCACCGUCCACACCAUCAAGCACAUCCUCAAGCAUGAGGGCCUCACGGGCCUCUGGAAGGGCAACGUCCCCGCCGAGCUCAUGUACGUGUGCUACUCGGCCGUGCAGUUCACCGCCUACCGCUCCACGACCGUCUUCCUGCAGACGGCGCUGCCCGACAACCGCCGCCUGCCCGACUCCGCCGAGACCUUCAUCGCGGGCGCCGUCUCGGGCGCGGCCGCCACGGGCGCGACGUACCCGCUCGACCUGCUGAGGACGCGCUUCGCCGCCCAGGGCCGCCAGCGCGUCUACUCGUCGCUGCGCGGCGCCCUGUGGGACAUUCGCCGCGACGAGGGCCUGCGCGGCUUCUUCCGCGGCCUGGCGCCGGCGCUGGGCCAGAUCGUGCCCUUCAUGGGCAUCUUCUUCGCCUCGUACGAGGGCCUCCGGCUGCGCCUCGGCCACCUGCACCUCCCCUGGGGCAGCGGCGACGCCACCGCCGGCAUCGCCGCCAGCGUCCUCGCCAAGACGGCCGUCUUCCCCCUCGACCUCGUCCGCAAGCGCAUCCAGGUCCAGGGCCCCACGCGGAGCCGGUACGUCUACAGCGACAUCCCCGUGUACACGUCCGCCGUCCGGGCUCUGCGGGCCAUCUACGUGACGGAGGGGUUUCGCGGCUUGUACAAGGGGUUGCCGAUCAGCUUGAUCAAGGCUGCGCCCGCGAGCGCAGUGACGCUCUGGACGUAUGAGCGGAGCUUGAAGCUCUUGAUGAGCUUGGAUAAGGAUGAGGGGGAAGCGUCAAUAUGA